UCCACCCUCCGCAGCCUCUCCCUCCUCUCUCCUCCCUCUUAAAUCAGAGGCUCUCAGGAGCAGAAAGGGCUGGGAUAAUCUGUGAGGCCACAGCCUUCGGACACCUGAGCAACCAUGUGCUACUCCAAGGCAGCCAGAUCUUCUGUGGAGUUUAUGAGGGAGCACAUGCACCAGUUGGUGGACGAGUGCUGUGAUAAUUAUCAACACCAACCCCAAGGAGAAAAGAAAAUACUGGAAGAGCUGGAGAAUGGCUUCAAUGAGGUCAUGCUCGAGGCCGUGGACCUUCACUAUCAGAACAACAAUCAGGAGACCAGUCCGUUACUUCUCGAAGUGCAGCAGGAGUUACGUUUGAGAAUCUGCAAGCCGUCGGAAGAGGAGGAGGACCCAGGGGCCCAGGAGACGGAGGAGGACCCAGGGGCCCAGGAGACGGAGGAGGGCUUCUGUGACAGAGUCCUGAGGCUGUUUAAAAAGCUGCUCCUCCAGCUGCAGGAGAAGUGGCAGGCCGCGCUGGCCUGGGUGAAGCAGAAGGUGGCCGCCGGCCUGCAGGCCUUCAGCGAGGCGGUGGAGGCCAUCUGGAGCGCACUUAAGAGUUUCUGCGCCUCUGUGGCUCGUGUGUCCCUGAGCUGCAUCCAGGCCUAGCCCAGCCCUCUGGGGCCGCCCUCCCUCCCCAGGUCCGGACCCCUGCUCCGGCUGUGAGCUCUUAAUAAAAGCUGGUUGCAGGCACUUGGGGGGGCUCAGUCAGCUGAGCGUCUGUCUUCCAUCUUUGAUCUUGCAAUGUGUUGUCAGCUCAGACCCUGCUUUGGAUCCUCUGUCCCCUUCUCUCUCUGCAGCUCCCCCACUCGCACUCUCGAGAUCUC